GCGCUGGAGCCGGGGGCGGCCGAGGGCGUGACGCUGGGCCACCCCCACCGCAAGCCAGGCGGCGAUACGAGAGGCGAAGGGCGCUCGCAGCCGCCCGGGGACGAUGCGCCGGCGGAGUGGAGCCCAGCGCGCAGAUCUCAUCUUACGUUCGGGUGUUUGGAAGGAGCCCAAACUGGAGCCAUCCCAGGCCUUUGACCCUUGACUUAUGGAAGCCAUGUUCUAAACCGCCUCUGUGCCUAGGUUGAGGGGGCCUGCCGUUCCAACAGGAUGGCCCGCUCCAGGUCAAACGGGUCACACUAUGCCUUGACGGCGAUCGGGCUGGGAAUGCUCGUUCUCGGGAUCAUUAUGGCCGUCUGGAACUUGGUCCCAGGAUUUGGCCAAAGUGUAAGGCCCCACUACGCUGGAAACAACAGCAACACAGAGCCGGAUGGAGAACAAAUGUAUAAAAGCAAGACAUUUUCGGUGGCUUAUGUGUUGGUUGGGGCAGGCGUCUUGCUCCUGCUUUUUUCUGUUUGUCUGAGUGUCCGGGAUCGAAGGAGACAGAGGGAGAAUGAGGACAUCUCUAGGAUACGGCAGCAAGCGUCGGGUCAGCAGCAGCAGCAGGAAGAGAGUCAAGAAGAGGAGGAUGAGUCCUUCUCUCGCUACUACGUUCCCAGUUACGAAGAGGUCAUGAACGCGGAGUAUCCGGGGCCGACAGACGCAGACAGAAAUGCAAGGAUCAGCAUGUCUCUUCCCUCGUAUGAAUCUCUCACUGGAAUUGAUGAAACCACACCAACCAGGCCUGUCGCUGCUGCUGAAGCGAGACCCGACAUAGGACGCCGGCCAAGCAGGCACAGUUCCCGCCUGAGCAAAAGAUUCAAGCCCUUGAAAGUCCGGAGGAUCAAGUCCGAAAAGCUCCAUCUAAAAAACCUCCAAAUAAAUCUUCCCGAUGGAAGUAACUCAGGGCGGAUAACAAUAGAGCCUCUGACUCCUCCGCCACAAUAUGAUGAUAUUCCCAAUAAGCAUACAGAGAGCCGGGAAGAGACUUGAGGCAACUGUAUAGACUGCUGGUCAAAAACAUGAUUAAAUACUUGAUUUCUGGGGUGAUGUCAAGUUUGUGGAGCAAACCAUCCGCCUCUUUUGGUGACUUGUUUCAUGUUUAAAUGAGGUGGAUCAGAGCCAAUCAGACUAGAACUUGGCUCUUAACAUUGGAGGCUUCUCAAUGUAAAAAAAUUAAAUCACUGUGUGUAAUCCUAGCUAGCCAGGGAGAAGAUCCUAGCCUAAACUUCUCUUUGAUAUGCUAAGGGGUUUUUUAUAUGUAGGAUUUUCUCUCUCUGUCACUACUCUCAGCAUAUGUGCCUUCUGAAGUGGAAUCAGACGACAGGCUUGUUCCUCAGUGAAAACAAAGCCUAAAUGAAUCCCAUCACAACUUACAUAACGAAAUGCAAAUAAACACUAGGGCAGUUGGGCCAGAUCCUCCCAAGCCCCAGCCCCUGUGGGUCAGCUUUGAUGGGUUGGCGGGGCUGCCCGCCUCUCAGGCACCUGGCAUCACAAAAUGUGACAUAAAGGUGGGCUUUAAAAGUCGCAUGGCCCAAAGGAGGGCUAGAGGGUUCCUACUGCUACGCUAGGAUGUGUUUGACUGAAUCUUAGCAAUAGGAAUCGUGUGUGUCUAUAUAUAUUUCUAAAUUAUGACACAUUUUGUAUGCCUCUUUUGACAAUCUUUUCUAAACUAGCACUCCGGAUCUGUUAGCUGGGAUAUCGACGGCUCUCUUUUCACCAAAUGUGGCUUUUAAGUGGCAUGUAGGAUGCCUGGGGUAGCCAUCACAGAGAACUAAAACAUUACAGCGGCAGAGAAAAGAUUAUCCCAUAGAUAUGGGCUUAAGUAAACAUCAUUCUUUGGUGCUAAAGGAGCAAUCUCUGAUGUGAAAGUCCCCCCAAAAAAGUUUGGGGUUGGGGUUUUUUUGGAUUUCCAAGUGAAGAUGAUGGUCGUUUUUUCUAACACAGCCCUCUUUAAUUUUGCAGCUACUGUACUGUGAAUAUGAAAAUAUUUUCAAGAAUACGUAACAAGUCAGAGUUAAGAUGUUGGGGGGGAGCCUUUCUUUUUAUUAAAAAAAAUGUGUGGGAUGUGUGUGUUGUCUA